UCAAACUCAAGUAUUCUAAAAACAGCUCUGGGUUUAUUUAUUUAUUCCCCUUUGAAUAAGAUCAAACGGUGGUAAUAAGUUGAAAAAUGAGCUGCAAUGGUUGCCGCGUGCUCCGAAAGAGAUGCAGCGAGACAUGCGUGUUACGGUCGAGCUUGCGACGGAUCGAAUCCCCCGAAGCCCAAGGCAAUGCCACCUUGUUUCUCGCCAAGUUUUUCGGCCGUACUGACCUCAUUUCUCUUAUAUCCUCUGUCCCUCAACCUCAACGCCCUGCUUUGUUUCAAUCUUUAUUGUUUGAGGCAUGUGGUCGUACCGUGAACCCGGUGAACGGAGCGGUGGGGCUGUUAUCAUGUGGGAAGUGGCACAUCUGUCAAGCGGCGGUGGAAACGGUUCUUCAGGGCGGAACGUUAAGACCGAUUUUGGGGUCUUCUUGGGCGGCAAGUUGUGAUGAGUCAUCGGAUCGUUUCUGCGUUAACUCGUGCAGCUAUGAGUCGAAGCCGUUGGUGAUGGGAAAUCAAUCGGAUUCGACGUCCUCAGAUCUUAGCUUGUCUUUGACGGCUAGACUGGGCGGAGAAAGACGUGGAAGGCGGCACGAUGAGGGAAAUAAGAGAGCGAAAACGGAGUUAUUUUUUUCGGAGGAAUCGGAGACAACCACUUUUGAAAGGGAUAACAACGAAGAAACGCACGACAGAAAGAUUUUGGAUCUCUUCGUUUGAAGGAAAAAUAGUUUU